CGAAGUAUGGUUAUCUAGUUAUCGAUUGUGCAUCAUCGAUAAGUUAUGUGACAACCCUGUAGCUGAAAACAAGCAGCCACGCUAGAGAAGAAAAUCUGGUAGAAAAUUUAUAAAAAUUGUAUUUGAAUAAGCGCGAAAGCCAAAAGAGAAGUUCACACCGAGCAGUGGACUUUUUUCACGGAGCACCCCGGAUAGCACCGAAGUAAUUUUUGAACAUGGCCGAGGACUUCGAUGUGGAGGCGAUGCUUGAGGCGCCGUAUAUGAAAAACAAUGUCAGUGCGGGCAGCGGUGGACGUGGUGGACGCAGGCACAGCGGCAGCAGUCCUGGCGGCGGAGGACACGAUGACGAACACGCCGAGAACGCUCCACGGAACGGCAGCGGCGGCGGAAGCUCACACAAAAAACAAAGCAAGCGAUCCCGGAGUAGAAGCGGCUCACGAGAUGGCAAAUCUCGACGGGACCGCGGCAACGAACGCAGCACUCAUCGGGACAAGGAUAAAGAGCGCGAUCGAAACCGCGACGGAGGAGACCGGGAUCGACACCGCAGGGAAGGCGGCGAUCGAGAUCGGGAGCGAGAACGUGAGCGCGAACGCGAGAGAACUCGUCGCAGUAGAUCGCGGGAUGAGCGCGGUGGAGGUGGACGAUACGGGGAUCGUGACAAGGACCGGCGCUCUCGAGAUCGUCGCGGCGGCAGCAAGUCGAUGCAAGUGGAUCGCUCGCGGGACAAGCGUCGACGCAGUCGUUCCCGCGAUCAGCAGCGCAAACGGCUGAGUCCGAUCCGUGAACGCAAGCGCAGCCAUUCCCGCUCAAGGGAUAGAAACAGUCGACGUCGGGGAACCAAUUCGCCACGACGGCGCUCACCAGCGAAUGGAGCUGACCGCACCCCGCCCACCGAGCUCAGUCCUGAGGAGCGGGACGCCCGCACCGUCUUCUGCAUCCAGCUGUCGCAACGAGUGCGAGCGCGUGACCUGGAGGAGUUCUUCUCCAGCGUGGGCAAGGUGCGCGACGUGCGUCUAAUCACGUGCAACAAGACGAAGCGCUUCAAGGGUAUCGCCUACAUCGAGUUUGAAGAUCCUGAGUCCGUGGCACUGGCUCUGGGCCUCUCCGGCCAGCGGCUGCUCGGCGUGCCCAUCAUGGUGCAGCACACGCAGGCUGAGAAGAAUCGUCUCCAGAAUGCUGCGCCCGCAUUCCAACCGAAGAGUCACACGGGUCCCAUGCGCCUCUACGUGGGAUCACUGCACUUUAACAUUACCGAGGACAUGCUGCGGGGCAUAUUCGAGCCCUUUGGCAAGAUCGAUGCGAUUCAACUGAUCAUGGACACGGAGACGGGCCGUUCCAAGGGCUACGGAUUUAUCACGUACCACAAUGCUGACGAUGCCAAAAAGGCUCUGGAACAACUGAACGGCUUUGAACUGGCCGGUCGCCUCAUGAAAGUGGGCAAUGUGACGGAGCGCCUGGACAUGAAUACCACCUCGCUGGACACCGACGAGAUGGAUCGCACAGGCAUCGAUCUUGGCGCCACGGGACGCCUGCAGCUGAUGUUUAAGUUAGCGGAAGGAGCCGGUUUGGCGGUUCCCCAGGCGGCUGCAAAUGCGCUGCUGGCCACAGCUCCUCAACCGGCGCCAAUGCAGCAGCAGGAGGCGGCACCAUCGAUAGCAACACAGUGCUUCAUACUGUCCAAUAUGUUUGAUCCUCGGACGGAGACAAAUCCCACCUGGGACGUGGAGAUCCGGGACGAUGUGCUGGAGGAGUGCGCCAAACACGGCGGGGUGCUGCACAUCCACGUGGACACCAUCUCUCCCACGGGAACCGUCUACGUCAAGUGCCCGAGCACAACGACUGCUGUGCUGGCAGUAAAUGCACUGCACGGACGCUGGUUUGCCGGUCGAGUGAUCACGGCGGCCUAUGUGCCCGUAAUCAAUUACCACACCAUGUUUCCGGACUCCAUCAACGUCGUCGAUCUGGUGACGUCCACGCGCAAGAACACUGAUGAUUGAUUUGAAUGCGUGGACACAAAUACUGUUAAUAUUCGUUACAAGAACUAAUUUUUGGUCAAAACAUUUUCAAUUUUUUUAAAAGACUCGACGCAAUCUGAAAAUUAGGGGCACAUAUUAAAAUACAAAUAUAUAUGAAUUCAAAAAUUUAAACACUUCUCAACUUGAACUAACUAUGUCCGUAAACUAUAUAAAUGUGUUUAUGUGUAUAUUAGAUUGCCUGAAAUGCUGCAAGAUCGUGUUACCCCAAUGGAAAAUUAUGUAGUUUUUAGUGCUUAAUUUGUAAUUUGCUAGUUUGACCGCCAAAAAUGUAAGGACACUGACCGACCGACCGACCUAUCGAUUGUUGGCUUGCACGGAGCUUGAUUUUAAAACAUUGGACAUUGUAACAUUUCCCAUAAUUGUUAAGCCUGUAGUUUACCAUACAGAUAUUUUGUAGAAAAAAGAAACGCUAAUCAAAAAUAAAUCGUGAAAUCGGAUGAGUAUUGAGUUUCAAGUGGCGAUAACGAUAGACAGGUUCGCCUGAUUAUCGGUGCACAGCGAUAGUUUCGAGUGCAGCCCUAGUUCUUGCAUGUGUUGGGCAGCAGCCAAUCGAAAUCUGGCUAAAUAAAAUUAGUUAAACUCUUUGCUUUGCCAGCACAAACGCACACAGUACGGUUCACAUUGCAUAUUUUAGACAAUUAACCAAUAGUAAACAUUUUCCAAUUACUGACGAGCGCGAUGUUAAGUGCGGAAUUGAGGAAAAUUCCAUGUGACCCCUGAAUUUCGUGUGCGUGUGUGUUUGUGAAAGCAGCGCGGAGAAAAAAAAUGGCAAACACAAGCCAACUACAACAAAUUUGAGCAACUAACCAGAAGCGGAACAGAGGAGGAGUUCCCAACCCUCCAAGUGGUGCCCACCCACCCC